AUGGGAAGGAGAAAAAUUAAAAUUUAGCGCAUUCUUGAUGAGAGACUUAGACAGGUAACUUUGACCAAAAGAAAGAAGGGAUUGAUAAAAAAGGCUAUGGAGUUAGCACUGCUUACAGGAGUUUAGAUAGUGUUAACAAUUUUUGACGACUAAGACUCGAAAUUGAUCUAAUAUAAAAGUGAUAGUAUUGAGGUCAUCUAAGAAAUUUCAAGAAAGAAAAUAAAUUAAGAAGAAACAUAUACUAACCAAGAUUAUUACAAAAGCUUCAAUAAUGAUGAUGAUUUUGAUGAUGAGGUCGAAAAAAAGCCAGCUAAAAGUUCUUCUAGAGGUGGUGCUGCAAAAAAUAAUAAUUAAAGAUAAAAGCAAGAUGAUGAUGAGGAAGAAUCUGUGCAAGUAAAUAAGUCAGCUAAAGAAUAAAUGAAAUAUGACGAGCAAAAUCAAAUCUCAUAAAUCAAUUAAAACGAUAAGAAACGAACAAGAGAGGAAGCAAACAACAUAGAUGAUAAUGAGAAUAAAUAUGAUUUAUAAAAGAGAAUAAGAAGAAAUGACAAAGAUGAAGAGAUUAUCUAAAGAAAUUCUCUUCUAGAUGCUUAGUUGUUACUAGAUAAGUCCUUCAGAGAACCUGAAAAAGUUGAAAAGUAAUAAAUCUAAAACUCAUUGACAAAUCAAAACAAUUCUGGAUCUGCAGCGGCUGGUGCUGUGAGUAGAUAAGGAAGCAAUCCAGAAUAAUUAUAGCACACAACAUUUGGCAGAUCUAUUUCUGAGAGAUCUAUGAAUAAACAAGACAAGGAAACUUAGAAUUAUGACAGAGCUCAAUUUGGAAGGACUUAAAAUGUAAAUGAGAAAUUUGCUAUGAACUCAGGAAUACCCCAUUCAAUAUCAAGCGAACUUAUUUCCGUUCCUUAAUAGACUUUAGAAUAAUAUGGCCUUCUUAAUCUAUCCCAAUAAAACUUAAUGAGUGGUCAGCCAUAAUUAAUCUAAGGGUUUCAUCCUAUAAUAAGCAUGCCAGGUAGUUAGCAACAUAAUGGAUAGUAAUUCUUUAUUUUGUAGCCAGUCUAAGCCCCAUAUUUCAAUCUUGCUGGAUAGCAAAGAGAUGGAAAUUAAGGUUAACCUUAAUAUCAUAGAGUAAUGAAUAUUAGUGAUCAAUCAAUAACUGAAAGUCCGAAUAAAAAGGGAACAGAAUCACUUGCAGGAUCAGCAUUCAAGUAGUACUAAGGACCUGGUUCAACUUUGAGAACUGUAAGCUCAGGCCAAAACCUUCUGAGUACUAUGGGAAUGAAUUAACGAAGAGAAAAUAUUCCUUAAUAAAAUUUAGAUGAGAAUAGUGGUUUACUCAAGAUUCAACAAAGCUAAAAUUAGAAAUCAGAAAUAUCACCAGUGCUUAAAAGUGAAGAUUUUGGAGCUGACUUGAGGGGAUUAAGUGAUUUCUUUAAGAAAGAUGACUUUACAUCCUUUUCAAGAACUGGCAGUGAUGAGAUGAUGAAAGGAAUGAAAAAUGAGAUAAUCUAGCCUAUGCAUCACUAAAUGACUUACUAAACGAUGGAAGGAGCUAAAACUAUUAUUGUUUAAAACAUAGACCAAAACCAAAUUAAUAAUCAUUAUGGAAAUCAUAUGAAAUACAUGAAUUAACCUCCAUAGUAAUAGCUUUAAUCACCAAGUGGUUUCUAUUAAUAAUUAAAUUAAAUGUCUAGUAUGGGACAGCUUAGUUAGUAAUAGCAGUAGCCUGAACUGAAGAAGUAAGAUUUAUCCUAAACUUUGCAAAAGAAACCAUUAAACAGUGAAGAAAUUUUGAAAGAAGCUGGUAAUGGAAAGGCAAAUUAGAUGACAUUCUAGUUACUAAUGGAUGAACUUCUUUUGGAGCCAUAGAUGGAUUCAUAACCCCAAAAUCAACCAGGAAAACCACCUGCUUAAUAGCAACAACAGCAAUGUUAAUAAUAAUAAUAAUAGCAGACUCACUAGCAAGCAUAAAAUAUUCAAAAUAUGCAAAAUAGUUAGAUAAAGUAGUCAACUAGUCAAGAAAGUCUUAAUGGAUAGCAACAUAAUUUAUCAGCUUCUUAAUUAUAAAACCUGAUGCCAAGUGGUCACCAUCCUUACCCACUUAUUGUUGCUACAGGAAACGCUAGUGGUGUAGGAAAUACUUAACCAAACAGUGUUUUUCUGCUUCAGCCAAAGAAACAUCUUCAACCUUAGUAUAAUAUCAUGUAAUAAACUACCUAUCUCUAAAACCAAGUUCAAUAGCAAUAAUAGCAAUAGCUUCAGCAACAACAGCAACAUUAAAAUAAUGCUAAUUCAAGCAAUGAAAAUUAAUACAAAAGCUCAAAUAACAUCAACAACAAUCAAGGAAAUGAAUAAGAGCAAUGA